CCCUCAUUCCGUGAGUCGGGUUCCCCGCGCGCACGCGCGUCCUCCCUCCGUUGCCGGCCCCUCCCCACGGGUCUCUCGCGAGAGGCCGGGAUUUAUUCCUACGUGCUGUGCCGUGCUGCUCAUGGCGGCGCUGGAGCGGGGGCGCUGAGCUGUUGGGUAUGAAGUGUAACAGAACAGAAUUUACCACCUGAAACUGCUGCUUCAAGUUCAGAUCAGGAAAGGAAAACGCCACAUUGUAACAACAAAACAAGACCAAAGAAGAGUAAACCUAUAUUGAAGACACAACACUUGAUCUGAAACAAGAAGUUUGUGCCUACUCAACAGCUUCAAAAGAGCACGUCCCAACGCUGCUAGUAGUCUUUGUUUUCUCCAGUGCUGCACUGAAACUCCCCAGUGCAGCAGCAGUUAUAUUCUUUAUUAUCUUCAUAGAUCAUUUUCCUCUCGCUGUCUUUUUUUAAUAAUAGCAGUCUUCAUACUUUGAAACGUGUGCUGAAACAGAAGAAUCAGCGAAUACUACUGAAAGUGCAAUAUUUGAAUAUCACUGCGAGAUGAGCUUUGAUCCAAACCUUCUCCACAACAAUGGACACAACGGGUACCCCAAUGGUACUUCGGCAGCACUGCGUGAAACUGGGGUUAUUGAAAAACUGCUGACCUCUUAUGGAUUCAUUCAGUGUUCAGAACGGCAAGCUAGACUGUUCUUCCACUGUUCACAGUAUAAUGGCAACCUGCAGGAGCUUAAAGUAGGAGAUGAUGUUGAAUUUGAAGUAUCUUCUGACCGCCGAACUGGAAAACCUAUUGCUGUUAAAUUGGUGAAGAUAAAACCAGAAAUUUUACCUGAAGAGCGAAUAAAUGGACAAGUUGUGUGCGCUGUUCCUCACAAUUUAGAGAGUAAAUCUCCAGCUGCCCCGGGUCAGAGUCCAACAGGGAGUGUAUGCUACGAACGUAAUGGGGAAGUGUUUUACCUGACUUACACCCCUGAGGAUGUUGAUGGAAAUGUACAGCUGGAAACUGGAGAUAAAAUAAAUUUUGUAAUUGAUACAAAUAAACAUACUGGUGCUGUAAGUGCUCGUAACAUUAUGCUAUUGAAAAAGAAACAAGCCCGCUGUCAAGGAGUAGUUUGUGCCAUGAAGGAGGCCUUUGGAUUUAUUGAAAGGGGCGAUGUCGUAAAGGAGAUAUUCUUUCACUAUAGUGAAUUUAAAGGUGACUUAGAAGCCUUACAGCCUGGUGAUGAUGUGGAGUUUACAAUCAAAGACAGAAAUGGUAAAGAAGUCGCAACAGAUGUAAGACUACUGCCUCAAGGAACUGUUAUUUUUGAAGAUAUCAGCAUUGAACAUUUUGAUGGGACUGUAACCAAAGUAAUCCCAAAAGUAUCCAACAAAAAUCAGAAUGACCCAUUGCCUGGACGCAUCAAAGUUGACUUUGUGAUUCCUAAGGAACUUCCUUUUGGAGACAAAGAUACAAAAUCCAAGGUGACACUACUGGAAGGUGACCAUGUUAGAUUCAACAUUUCUACAGAUCGACGUGACAAAUUGGAACGAGCCACCAAUAUUGAAGUUCUUCACAAUACUUUCCAGUUUACUACUGAAGCUAGAGAAAUGGGUGUGAUUGCAGCAAUGAGAGAUGGCUUUGGUUUCAUUAAAUGUGUUGACCGGGAUGCCCGCAUGUUCUUUCACUUCAGUGAAAUACUGGAUGGAAACCAGCUCCACAUUUCAGAUGAAGUAGAGUUUACUGUGGUUCCUGAUAUGCUGUCUGCCCAAAGAAAUCAUGCUAUAAGGAUUAAGAAGCUUCCUAAGGGCACAGUUUCAUUCCACACCCAGUCAGAUCACCGCUUUGUGGGCACUAUAGAAAAAGAAGCCACUCCUGCCAAAGCCACUAGCCCAAAUAAAAGCAAAGAGAAGGAACCUGAAGAGGGAAUAAUCGCAUAUGAUGAUUGUGGAGAGAAACUGACUGUUCCUUAUCAGGCAAAGGAUGUGGAAGGAUCUACUAACCCUCAGAUAGGAGAUAAGGUUGAAUUCAGUGUUUGUGAAGUGAAGAGAACAGGUUCUCAGACAGCAGUUUCUGUCAGAAUGCUUGGUCGCAACUACAGCUCCAAGAGGCUUGUGGGGUAUGUGGCAACCCUGAAAGAUAACUUUGGAUUUAUUGAAACAGCCAAUCAUGAUAAGGAGAUCUUCUUCCAUUACAGUGAAUUCUCUGGUGAUGUUGAUAGCCUGGAACUUGGGGACAUGGUGGAAUACAGCUUGUCAAAAGGCAAAGGAAAUAAAGUCAGUGCGGAAAAGGUGAACAAAACACAUGCAGUGAAUGGUGCCACUGAGGACGCUGAUCCAACUGUCUACAUGGGUAAAGUAAUUCGCCCCCUGCGGAGUGUAGAUCCCACACAGACUGAAUACCAGGGAAUGAUUGAGGUCAUGGAGGAUGGGGAGAUGAAAGGAGAGGUCUAUCCAUUUGGAAUUGUGGGGAUGGCAAACAAGGGUGAUUGCCUGCAAAAGGGGGAGACUGUCAAGUUCCAGCUCUGUGUCCUUGGUCAGAAUGAACAGACGAUGGCUUGUAACAUUACACCUUUCCGCAGAGCCACUGUGGAAUGUGUGAAAGAUCAGUUUGGAUUCAUUAACUAUGAAGUGGGUGACAGCAAAAAGCUCUUUUUUCAUGUGAAAGAAGUUCAGGAUGGUGUAGAACUGCAGGCUGGAGAUGAAGUAGAGUUCUCAGUGAUCCUGAAUCAGCGCACAGGGAAAUGCAGUGCCUGUAAUGUAUGGCGUGUCUGUGAAGGCGCAAAGGCUGUUGCUGCUCCGCGUCCUGAUAGACUUGUUAAUCGUUUAAAGAGCAUUACUUUAGAUGAUGCCAGUGCUCCUCGCCUAACAGUUCUUCGUCAACCAAGGGGACCGGAUAACUCAAAGGGAUUUGGUGCAGAGAGAAAGAUUCGUCAAGCUGGUGUUAUUGACUAAUUGAUCCAUAAAGCACAUAACUAAGUAUGAUCAAGCAGUGGGAGCUGGUGAAGGGUACUGAAUAUCUCCCUAUUCAUCCCUUCCAAAUUCUAAGAAGCUGUUACACCAGUUUUAACACCUUCC